AACCCUCUGUACCGCCCGUCCAUCCGUUCGGCCCAAGGAGUGUGCGUGGACUGCUAAAGCGUUGUCCCAUUCUUUGGUAGCGACGUGCACAUCACUCCUGAAAACGGCGGUACAGAAAGGGUCUCUUGGCGGGUCAGAUUCACCGUUUAGCUCAUAGAGCCUGUGUUCGACAGGGUUGUUCAAUUUUGUCGAGCUCAGAUUAUCUGUGGAUUCCAUCUAGACAGCCAAGGAUAGACAACUUUUGGGCGUAGCUUGCUGAAAGGAAGAACUGCUUUAAGAGGUCGCCCAGACUGUAGGUAGCUGCCCGGCUUUGCUGUCUAUUUACUCCUGACGGCGUUCCGAGCGUCUUCCUUCCUAAACCCAAUUCCCGAGACAGGCCUCCAGGACUGAGACGUCAUGAAACCUGAUGGGGUUGUCACGGCAGCAGCAGAGCCGAUGGAAAUGCUAGCUGCUGACCCUGUGAUGGAUGUGGUCCAACCGGCAGGAGAGGGUGCUGACCAGGUCCCCGAUCCCUUGAUGCCGUCACAGGAGAUAGGCCAGGGUGAGCCACAGCCCACUGAGACGCCGGCCCCUCCUGCCAAGACGGACAAGAGUGACAAACCAACGGAUCCCAAAGCCAAGACGAAGGGCACAGCCAAGCCGAAGACAGCAGGAACCACAGGAACCACAGGAACCAAGCCUGCCUCUCGGCCCGGCACAGCCCAGAGCCGCCUGCUUAACGGGACUCAGAAACCUCAGACCAACGGAGUGACCAAGAAACCCACCACGGGGGCCGCAGACAAGAAGACCACGUCAACCACCAAUUCGGCCAAAAAGCCUGCAGGCCCCACCGGGGCACCAACCUCUCGCUCACCCACUAAGCCGGCUGAGCGGAAAUCCACCGGAACCACCCGUCCCACCUCUGCUCCUAAUGCCGUCAAUGGAGCAAAGACAGGGGCAGCUCAGCCGCUUAAAAAGACCCCGUCUGCAAUGAGCAGUGAAGUGAAAACCAAACCAAAAACCACAGUCCCAGCCCCCAGACCCGCCUCUGCAGCUCCCAGCAAGCCUGGCACUGCUGCUUCCACCAAAUCUGAUAGGCCGCCACUCUCCAAGACAACAAGGCCCCCUGUUAGCGGUCCCCCGAGCUCAAGGCCCUCCUCUGCAGCACCCAAGACGGCCACGUCCAAGACUACAACACCAACCAAGCCAGCCACACCGAAGACAGCCUCCACAACUGUUAACAAACCGGCCACACCUAAAACAGGCUCCGCAACCCCCUCUGCUGGUCGCACUCCAACACAAACAUCCAGGACCACCACUCCUGUUAAGAAAGAUGUCAGCAAGCCAACUACUCCAGCAGCCAAGAAACCGGCAGCUUCCUCUCUCACUCGGCCUUCCACAGCCAAGACCACCAAGCCAGACACCCCUAAGACAACCCCCGCGGCAAAACCAGACCCCAUCAAGAAGCCUGCUGCCAGCAGUAAAACAGCAGACGCCAAGACCAGCAAGCCCAAGGAGGCCAAAUCGACCUCCUCAAAAGAAGCCGCUACCCCCUCUAAAGCGACUGGCUCAAAGCCCGGCUCAGCCAAGGCAGCCAGUCCCAAAAAGGCAGUGGGCAGCAGCACACCAACGCCAGUAAAGCGUGGCCCAAAGCCAGGAGCGUCUGCCCAGCCAGAGCCCAAGGAUGAGGAGAAGCAGGAUGCCACCCUUGCAGUGGCUGCUGUUGCUGCUGGUGCUGCUGGUGCUGCGGGUACCAUAGCUGCUCUGGCCAGUGCUGCAGCAUCAGAGCCUGAAGCUCCUGCAGCCCAGCCUCUAGUCAAGGAGGAUGUAUGGUCUGCACCCACACCGGCCGCCUUGGAAGAGCCUGUAGUGAAAACACCUGAGGCUGAAGUGCCCCAGUUGGCAGCCCAGUUAGACCUGGUCCACUUGGAGGAUCCUGUGACCUCCACAUCUCCCCUGGGCACCACAGUGAUGUCCCCACCCACUUCCCCCAUUGGUCCCCCAGCCAUGCCGAUGGAGUGCCAGGGCUCUGCUCCUCAGUUGGACAUGCGUGAUCAGGAUGAACCGUGGGCACACAGUCAGCCCAUGCUCUCCAAUGAUGCCAUGCCAGAGAAUCUGUUUGAAGAGGAGGUGAAAGGUCAGGAUGAUCUCCUUGUUUCCACAGCUGCCGUGCCAGCAGCUCAGACAGAAACGACACUCACCCUGGGAACUGAACCUGACUUGCUUGUUAAGUCCCCGGCAGAUCACUUCUCUGGAGCUUCCCCUACUUCACCCUUCCAGGAAGGAGAGGAGGCAGUUGAGAAGGCAGAUGAGGAAAUCAAUGAAGAUGUGGACGAUGACGAUGAGGACGAGAAUGAUCAAGAGACAAAGGAAUUCAGCAAAUUGCAGUCCAUGCCUGAGACGAGUGAAACUCUGCAAAUGGAUGAGCUCCUGUCUGAAGCUUCAGAUUUUGCCAGCUCUGAUUGGCAAGGACAUGGCUUGGGCGGUAUGAGCAGCAAACAGCAAAGCACUAUGGGGGAGGAAAUGACCAGGAUGUCCACCAGUGAUAUGGAUGACUUUGGCUUGAAGGUAGAGAAGGAAGAGGAACCAUUUAUGGGUUCUCCAAGCGUGAAAACGUUCUACAGUGAGGAAGCAGAGGCUGAGGAAGAGGAGAAGGUCAUUGACAUGGAUGUUGGUUCAGAGAAACAGCAUAAGGUUGGUGGAGAAGAAGAGGAGGAGGAGGAUGAAGAUGUAGAGAUGGUCAGUGAUGGUAUGACUGAGAGUGGAUUGGAGAGCUGUGGAAACGUUGAUGUGGAUGACUUCACUGAUGACGUCCGCGGUGAUAACUUGAACCGCAUGACCGCCCAGCCCCCCAUCCCUCCAGCGUCUGCGUGGGGGCAGACCAAUCCAUUUGCUGACCCCUGGGCUCAACCCAACAACCUCUUCACCACGUCCAGCCUCUCUCCUGACCAUGUAGCGGUUCAGCCUGAGUCGCCCACCAAGUCCCCUGCCCAGGCGUGGCUGGAGUUCAGUAGCUCAGCUCUGGAUCCCCACAGCGAGAAGCCCCUGCUGCGGACGCCCGAGGAGCCCUCUGCCCCAGCUCUGGAGGAGAUGGAGAGCUUCAUGCCCCGGCACCUUGCCCCUCCAGUCGCCCCAGCAGUGGGCAUGUCUCAGUCCAGCACACUGAGUGGCACAGCGCUGGCUGCUCACAGCAGCAGCGAGACCAGCACACCCGAGGAGCUCCGCGAUUACGACAGCAGCUCUGGUGUGGAGUCGCGCUCUGAAAAGCAGCAGACCCCUGUGCCAAUGGUCCAGCCUGACUUGGAGCAGGACCUGGGCAUCCACCUGGAACGAGGAGACGGGGAGGAGGAGGAGGCCGAGACGCUCCCGGCUGAUGAGGUGCUGGGAGGACCACCCACUGCGCCGGCAUCUGCCCCCUCCUCAGCCUCCACCUCUGGCGACGAGGCCAGUGACACGGAAGGCGAGAUGCAGAUCAACGACCCUGAUGCCCCGGUGGAAGAGGACCACAUUGCAGCCUUCGACAGCCCACCCCCGACCCGCAACCUCCCUGCACUGGCUGAGGACGAGGAGGCUGCCGAGGUUCAGGCGGGAGAUGGCGGCGAGGAAGAUGGAGGCACACCCCAAUCUGCCAACUCUGUGGCGUCUUACGGCUUCGACUGCACCAAUUCCAACUCCAACGCCCACUCCACCGCUGAGAGCUGCGGCAAGAGCCCUGGCAUCUUCUCCCUAGAGAACGAGGACCAGAUGACGGAGGAAGCCAAGGACCCCUCGCUCAUCAAGGAGCUGACCAUGCCGUCAUCAGCUGCGGCCCAGGCAGAGGACCUGCUGGGCGGACCCGUGGACCUGCUUCCCUUUGGCGGAGAGUCGCAAGUCGACCUGAAUGAGCAUCAGUACAUGCUCUGUGGAAAGGGUGCAGAUCUCCUCCAGGAAGCCGACCCCUUGGAGCCGGACGCACGUCACUCGUCCUCGCCACUCCCAGGGGAAGGCUCCGACACCCAGCCCCCCUACUAUUCCACCAUUUGCGAUAAGACUGAUAACUUUCUGGCAGGUAAUGUAUAAGCCCCUCCUCACUUGGAAUGCACCUUCUUCCCAUCCCCACGUCCCUCUCCCUUGUUUGUGUGUUCUCAUGUUGGGGUAGAUUUCUUAGAGGAAGAAAAAAAACGGAGGGAAAAUGAUAGGAGAAAAAAGGAGAAAGAGAAAGAAUGGAUGGGUGGAAAAAAAAAAUUGUAGAUAACUCAGUGCUGCCUCCUUCUUUCAUGCUACUAUUGUGGUCCUGGUUCUGCGUGUAUGGCUUACAUGUCUGUAUGUACUAUAGCUCCGAUCAUUUUCUAGUAGAAUGUGCUUUUGAAAGUAACACUGCAAACCACCCUGAAUUUGCAUUGAUUGACUGAUUGAUUGUGUUGACACUCUUUUUAAAGACAAAGAGGAACAAAAAAAAAAUACUACAAACGGGAUGGACUCUACCAACCAACCUUUGUAUUUAUCCUACUGUUUUUACCGAACAAAUGUUUUGUUUUGUUUUUUUGUACCUGUUUGUUUCGAUUUUUGUUGUUGCAAAAACGAUCCCGUCUUACCUUCCCUCUGUGCACAUGCCACAUCUCUUGCACUAUAGAAUGUAGCCUUACCCUCCCUCUUAAGUUAGCUCCUUUUCCAAACUAACUCUUCUAGCAGUGAUUUAAACUUAGAUAUUUAUCACUUGGCUUCUUACCCUGACAGUUUUUUAAUUGUUAUGAUGAUUAUAGAGGGAGGUGUUGUGGAGUGUUAGGAAAGACAUUGUUUUCUUAUCUUGGCCAUUAUACAGGAGUACUGCUUUGUGAAGGAUAGUAUAUGAUGACGAUGUUUCAUAUUGCAUCUGUUUUAAGGUAUUCGGUUCAGAGUGGCUUCUCUUUGUACCUCAGCAAAAAAAAAGAACAAAAAAAUUGAUUUGGAUUUGUGAAAAUGUCUCCCCACUUGAUUUAUAUUUUUUAAAAAUGAAAUAAGACUCCCAGGUAAGAGAUGUUCAAUGGUGUAAGAUUUUUGCAGGAGUCAUUUGCAUGUACGACUAACGACAACAAUUGUAAUUACUUGGUUCAGACCAGUGCGCUCAUCAAGGGGAUGUUCAUUAAAUUAAUGGUUCACACUAACGGAAGGGUUUUCAAAAUUUCAUUAAACAUCAUUGCAAGGC